UACUCAUUGCCUUCCUCAAUACGUUCCUUUCUCUCUCUCUCUCUCUCUCUCUCCCCCCUUUCUGUUCUCUCUCUGAAAGUCGAGUCGCCAUGAAAGUAUCAGAGGAGAAGCUCAAAGAGCCGGUUGAUCUCGUUGUAUCAAGCACCGAAGUACUACUGUCCCUCCUUGAUUCCAUUACUGAAACUCAAAGCUUCAAGGGAAAAUGGUCUCUGAUGAGAACGAAGCUCUCGGGGCUUCAGACUCACCUCUCUGAGCUUUCCUCCGCGGCGGCGAAUGACAAUCCUCUCUCGGCGGACCUUCUCCGGUCGCUCUCCGCCGCGCUUUCCGACGGGAUAUCUCUCUCGGCUCGCUGCCAUAACCCUAACCCUCCCGGCGGGAAGCUGAAGACGCAGAACGACAUCGACUCCUUGUCCGCGAAAAUCGAUAGCCUGAGCAGAGACCUCGAGGUUUUGAUAAAGAGCGGGGUUCUCUGCGAAAACGGCGCCGUUUCGGGGAGUAGUUAUUCGAAGAGGGAGACGAUUAGGGCGGAGACGAGGAAUCUGAUCACUCGGCUCCAGAUCGGGACCACUGAGUCGAAGAACUCGGUGCUCGACUCGCUCCUACGGCUCUUGCAGGAAGACGAUAAGAACGUGUUGAUUGCGGUGGCGCAGGGAGUGGUUCCGGUGCUCGUCACCCUACUCGAUUCCACCUCCUCCCCGGAGAUUAAGGAGAAAACCGUUACCGCCUUGGCGAAAAUCUCAACCGUCGAUUCCAGCAAGCACGUCUUGGUAGCCGAGGGAUUGAGUCUCCUCCACAACCUCCUCCGUGUCCUCGAGUCCUGCAGCGUUACGGCCAAGGAAAAUUCCUGUAUUGCCCUCCAGGUACUGUGCCACAGCAAGGAGAACGCCAGGGCCAUCGGGUGCAGAGGAGGAAUUUCAUCUUUGCUACAGAUUUGCCAAACCGGCACGCCCAAUUGCCAGGCGGUGGCCGCCGCCGUCCUCAAGAGCUUAGCCGUGUUCGGAGAAAUCAAGGACGAUUUCAUCGAAGAAAACGCGAUAAUGAUCCUCCUGCACCUCUCAAAUUCAGGCACGACCUCUGCUCAGGAGAACGCGAUCGGGUGUUUAUGCAAUUUAGUGAACGGAGACGAUAAUCUCAAGAUAAUCGUAGCUAGAGAAGGAGGAAUCGAGAGCCUCAAGAAUUUCUGGGACUCAUCUCCUUCGAUUCAGAGCCUCGAAGCUCCCGUUGAAAUGGUGAGAGCCCUAGCUUCGUGCCCGUUAAUCGCCGAUUUCUUAGUGGAGCACGAAUUCCUGACCCGCAUUGCAUCCGUUCUCAACUGCGGGGUUCUAGGCGUCCGAAUAGCCGCCGCGAGAGCGGUCUCCGACCUAGGGUCCACCGCCAGAACCCGAAAGGAAUUGGGCGAAAUCGGAUCCAUCCCGGCGCUAGUGGCAAUGCUGGACGGCAAGGCGGUGGAGGAGAAAGACGCCGCCGCGAAAGCCCUCUCAAAUCUCAUGGCUUACGCCGGAAACCACAGGAUUUUCAAGAACGAAGAGAGGGGAAUUCCGAGCGUUGUUCAGCUCCUAGACCCGAUCCUCCAUAAUCUGGACAAAAAGGCUCCGAUAUCGAUCUUGAACGCCGUGGUGGAGUCCAAGACUUGCCGGAAAACAAUGGUGGCUGCCGGAGCCGUCGCGCAUCUGCAGAAACUGGUGGAGAUGGAAGUAGAUGGCGCCAAGAAGCUCUUGCACCGUCUCUGUCAUGGCAAGUUAUGGGGAAUUUUUAGCAGACCCUGACAGACAACUAGGAACACUGUUAAUCUCUGUAUCUAGGAUAAUAUAUUUAUUUAAUUGCCUUUUUUUUUCUUGAAUUUGUAAUUUUGCUUUCUUUUAUAGAUUGUCGUAGAAAAAAAAAACAAAAACAAUUAUAAUAAAUAGAUGCUUGUGUAUAAAUGUUGAAUCAUGGAAGUAUACAUCAAAAUUAAAGGUUGAAAACUAUGUUACAUAGUUA